UGGGCCGGAGCUCCUCCUACUCGGCAGAGCGGCGCCCGCGAGCGGAGAGACGAGCGCGCUUCUCCUGUUUUGGAGUGAAAUCCGAGAAAGCGGAGAAAAGGACACCCGGCAGGACACCCGGCGAAGAUGCGGCGCCUGUGGCCGCUCGCUCUUUUCCUGUGGGCGGCGGCCCUCAGCGCGGCCCUCUGCUCCGCCGCCUCCUCCCACUCGCUGGGCUUUUUCUACCUGGGGGUGUCGGAGCCCGGCCAGGGGCUGCCCCAGUUCAUCGCUGUGGGGUACAUGGACGACCAGCUCUUCGCUCAGUACGACAGCAGCACCAGGAAGUAUCAGCCCAGAGUCCCCUGGAUGGGGAGGGUGGACCAGUUCGAUCCCCAGUACUGGGAGCUGUACGCUCAGACCACAAAGGGCAAUGAGCUGCAUUCAGAGGGAACAUGGUGACUGGGGAAGUACCACAACCAGAGCGGGGGGCUCCACACCCUGCAGUGGAUGUACGGCUGUGAGCUGAGUGGGGAUGGGAGCAAAGGAGGGGCUUUCCAGGAUGGCUAUGACGGGAGGGACUUCCUCAGCUUUGACAAGGAGACCCUCACCUGGACGGCGGUCGAUGUCAGAGCCCAGCUAACCAAGUGGAACUGGGAGGCCAAACCCAACUUUGCUUGGAAAAUCAAGGCCUACCUGGAGGAGGAAUGCAUUGAGCGGCUGCAGAGAUACCUGGGCUACGGGAAGGAGUUCCUGCUGCUGAGGAGAGAGCCCCCCGAAGUGAAGGUGACUCGCCAAAAGUCAUCCACAGAGGACGUGGAAACCCUUGUCUGCCAGGCCCACGGUUUCUACCCCAAGGAGAUCGAAGCCACCUGGACAAAAGAUGGGCAGCGCUGGGAACACGAGACCUUCCGUAGUCGUGUGGCCCCCAAUCCGGAUGGGACUUACUACAUCUCGCUCUACACUGACGUAGAGCCCGAGGAGCGGGGCCGCUACCGGUGCCGUGUAGACCAUGCCGGCCUGUCGCAGCCUCUGGCCUUGGCCUGGGAGGGGCCUGUGGGCGAGAGACAGCUGGGGAGGGGAGAAGGCACAGAUUGGGGUCUGGAUUCUGGGAACGUGUGGAUCAUUGUAGGAGUCGUCGCAGGGGCUCUGGUUCUCCUGCUUGUUGUGGCCAUCAUCAUCAUCGUCAUGAAAAAACAACAAGCCGAUAAAGGCUACAAGCCACAAAAAUCACCCAGUGAGUCUUCGGAGGGCUCCGAGAAGAGUAAGGCACUGCUGGACAAGGCGUAAGAGCCCGGCCCAGUUUGCUCUACGCGAAGACCUCCUGCUGGCCCUGGUUUCUUACGGGGCCUUGUCCUGCCUGUCGCCCAGCAACUCUGUCUCCAACUCUGGCCUGGAAUUGGGAAGGCCCGUUGUGUCUGUUGAGUUUGGCUUAUUAGAAUUUCCCAUCCAGAUUGUGCUUAUUGAUCUGAAAUGUGCCAAUCGUGUGCAGUGGAAGUGAGAACCACUGAAUAAAUUGAGAUACUUAGUUCUGUUGCAUUCCUUCCGGCAGCACCUUCCCUGUGGAACACUUUCCCAGGGGAAGUUAAACUGGCGGCUGCUUUCCAGUUUUUGGAAAAAUAUAAGUUUUGUCUUGUUCUGGGUGCCAUUUCACUGCUUCCAAUUCCUGGGGUUCCCUGUGGGGCAUUUCAGGGAUGGGGGGGGGCAUUGAAAUUCCCCAUCCAUCUGGGAGACUGCAAGCUCAGGAGGGGGAUACCCUCUUUUAAUCAAUGAUUCUGGCUAUGCUUAGUUGCUGCUGCUUUGGUGGAGUUUAUCAUAUGCAUAAAGUUCCGGCUGGAACAGUCUCGAAUAUUUACUGAGGCAAAUGUUCUUUUACUGAGGAAAAUGUUCUGGAUGGUAAUGCAAUCAGCACAAAUAAUGCCUUUUUUUCAAUUCUAUCAAGUUAAAUAUUAAGAUGUCUUUUCCUCGCUUUGAUUUUGUUUUUUUGCAAAGUUAGGGUUAAGGUUAUGUAAAAGAAAAAAAUGUUUCUCUUUUACAUUUUUCUUUUUUCUGUAUUCUGUUUCUUUUAUGAAAAAAUAAGAAUUAUUUCUUCUUUAAAAAGAUUAUAAUUAAAACUUACUUGGCAGGAGGAGAUAAGUCGGAUGGGGAUUUUUGUCUCACUCUGCACAUGCUCAGCAGAAAACCCCGCAGCAUCUCUCCUUGUGAGGUUGUGACAGUCCCCUCAAAAAAGAAUUGGGCGGAGGGGGUUGGGAGGGGCAGUGUGGGUCCACUGGCUGCCCGGCCAGCUGGACGGGCUCUGGGGCUGUCGGCACCUCUGGGGGGGGGGGGGGGGACCUUUUGUUGAGGACGCGGCUGGUGACAUGAUGGCUGGUCCGAGGGAGCUAAAGACGGGCGGGAGAGGAAGGUCCCAGCCCAGGAGGAAGACUCCAGUGAAGUCAGAGAGUAGGGGGAGAGUGAGGCCAGGAAGUGGGGGAGAGAAGGAAGCUGCCUGGAUAUUUUCCAAUGUUCUUAUUUCAAGAGGGGUUUUUUUUGCCGGGGGGUAAAGAGCUUAAUGAAUGCUUCGACAGCAAUCUAAUUUUUAUGUGUAUUUUACUGGUAUUUAGUAAAUCAAAAUGCUUUAAAAA